AUGAAGUCUUCGUUGUUAGCCGUGGCCGCCUGUGCCGUACUGGCUGCCGCCGGUCCAUUGAAGAAGCGUGCCUUGACGACCGAAUGGGUUACGGAAUUUGUUACCGUCACCGUCACCGCAGACGACUCUGAGCCUACUCCCGAGAUUCCCGCGGUUUUCGUCGAGACCGAGGUGGUCACUCUUACUCCUUCUGCUCCCCCAAAGGUCAAGCCUACGCCUGUAUUUCCCGAUUCUCCUUCGGUAGAGAUCAAACCUUCGACUUCGACUUUUUCACCACCGCCUAAGCCCACUGUGAUUCAGCCCAAACCCGAGGUCUCAACUCCUGCCGCUCCUCCUCCUCCCGCGACGACUUCUGCUGCACCUCCUCCGUCGCCUUCAUCCGGCAACUCGGGUAGUUAUGCGGACAAAAUGGUCCAAAUACACAACGAGUGCCGUAGCAAGCAUUCCUCUCCGGACCUAAUAUGGGACCCGAAUCUUGCCAUUACUGCUGAAAAGAUUGCCAAGUCAUGUAAAUUUGCGCACCAGAUGGGUGUCGACGGUGGCAGCUAUGGCCAGAAUAUUGCAGCCGCCUCCUCCGAUAAAAACAGCAACCCGACCGAUUCUGGCGUCAACGCUGUGGGCGACAUGUGGUACGGCGAGGUGAAAAACUACACGCCGGCAUUUUAUCGCUCUGGCCCUAGCCAAGGCACUCCUCUUGGCGACUAUGGCCACUUCACCCAGGUAGUCUGGAAAGGGUCGACUAAAGUCGGUUGUGCAACUGUUUAUUGCGAUGCAGGGACAAUCUUUCAGAUGCCGUCACAAUUCACUGUCUGCAACUAUAAGACCCAAGGCAACGUCGGCGGCCAGUACCCUGAAAACGUUCUGCCGCCCAAGACGGGAUAG